CGCGCUCUCUGUUUAUCGCGCGGUACUGUGCCCGGCGAGCGCCUCGCACUCACGUGCGUUUCGCGAUUUCAGUUUUCCGGCGGCUGUCGAUUUAUAUUAAUGUUUCAUGGUGUUUUCCUUCAGUUUAUUGGUGCUAAUUCGUGCCGGGCGAUAAGAAAACAGAGUUUUGUGAGCACGCGUUUCGUUGGAGCGGCUCGUAAAAAUUAUUAGUGUUUUCGACGGAUGCGAUGAAUAAAAUUUGCAAAUCAAGUCUGUGUGGAAAGAAGAUUCGUGAUAGCUAUGUUUUGAUCGGUCGUUGUGGUGUGCCGGGUAUUGACGCGAUUCGGCUCGCGUUGCUCCUGACAUCGAGAUUUCGGUGCUUUGGACUUCAGCUGAGGACGUAGGCUGUUGAAUGUGAUCCAUUUGUCGGACUCGCAGGCUGUGCUGUGCGCAUAUUAAGAUCGAGUUACCCGUGAAGACUUCUAAUUGUAAGACUAAAGUGCCAUUGGGAACCAGUUUACCACGACCAGUGAUAUUAGGUUAAAGUGAUAGUGAUAUAGAGAUAGUAUUACCAGAUAUUUUUAGUGUGAAACGUAACCAAAAAGAAGCUAAACUGGCUCCGUACAAGGAUAUAAUGAAUUCGUCGAGCAUGAGCUCUGCUGUGCCGACAAUCAAGUGUGAAGAUACGUCUCCAUCACCGACGGCCGCUGUCGGAAACGACGGCGAUUCCGCGUCAUAUUUAAGUGUUAAUGUGAACCUGAAUGCUGCAAUGAUUAACCUCCUGGCAGCGGAGAAUGCGGGGAACGCGACAACCCUGCGAACCCCGGAGAUUGUCAACGACCUCAUCACAAUGACGAAUCCCCUAGACCAGUAUAAUUAUGACAAGAAUUCCAACUUUAGGAAUAUGUGUGGGAACGACUCAAACUCUUCGAUGUCCAAUGGGUCUUCGGCUACCUCGCCAGCCUCAGGCACUCCGCCGAGUAUACAAAAGACGUGUUCGGAAUUAAUCAAGGCUGGCUUGAAGCUGUCCAUCGAGUCGAAACGGAAAUUGUCCGGUAGCGACACUGACGGCGGCAUCAAGAGGAUGAAGAGAGAAGAUAGUGACGACGAUUACGAUAGCAGCAAUACUCAGACGCCUAAGAGUGAGUUAACACCUGAAGACGAAGAGCGAAGACGACGUAGACGGGAGAGGAAUAAAAUUGCUGCCACGAAAUGUAGAAUGAAGAAGCGUGAACGGACAGUCAACUUGGUCAACGAGAGUGAAGUCUUGGAGAAUCAGAAUAUCGACCUGAAGGCGCAGCUUAAGGAUUUGGAGGUGCAAAAGAGACAACUAAUGGACAUGCUGUCUCUACAUUCUGCGUCGUGCGUCAAAAACAACUCGAACAGGACCUCGCCAACAAAUUCCUUCAACAUGUUGCGUUCCUACGAAUCCCCAACAACAUUCCCCGUCAACUAUGACGCUCAUUCUCCUUACAUCCGGCCGGAAUCCGCGAACAUUCUAGCCUCUAGCUACACCUGUGUCACCCCCAUCAACGGGAGCUCCAUCGACAGCAUGACCCUAGAAGCGACAUACAUAGCCCCACAGAACAUAGACGUGGACUACAAUAGACCAGACAGCGUCCUCAGUCUUCCCCCCAAUUCCGAGAACUAUAUGACCACAGACGGUUACUUGCCAAAAGCCACAACCAUCCUUGGGUCCAUCGAACCCGAAGCUGAGUAUUACGAGGCGGAACUAAAUUACUCCGCUCAGCAAUGCCACAAUUACCCCAACCAAGACGCUCAAACGAAACUCAACAUGAACGACGGCUGCCUAGUUUAGACGUUCGGGUCCAAUUUCGUAUACGUUUAGAUUUAAUUCGAAAUCGUCUCCACAUCUCGCUUCCAAUUUGUGAUUAAAAUUUUAUUGGUUGUCUCUGUUGAAAUUUAUUUCGAAACGAAUUGUAUGUCUACUGUGUAGAACGGAACGGCGCCUUCAUUCAAUUCAAUUUUGUGUGCAAAAUUGAGAAAUUUGUUUUAGUGUUGUGAAUAAUGUCACCGUAAUGUAACAUUGAACUGUGUUAAGGUAAUCGUACAUAAUAUUUAAAUUAAGUUGUUUUAUUCUAACCGUUUUAUAAGUUCGAUAAUUUUGCUUUGAUCUGUACAAAAUAUUCAAGAUCUGAUCUAUGUUUGCGGAUAUUGCAAAUCUCCGCAGUGAACAGCCAUAAGUCUAGUCGACUUUUGACGCCAAAUACAAUACAUCACAAGAUACUUCCAAUACGAAUACCUCCUGUUGAAAUUCCAAAUGUAUAUUUUAUGUUAUAAAUAUAUUUUUGCAGAUUAUAAUGAUAUAUUACCAUUUUAUAUAGGAUUGCAUAGAUUAAGGCGCUUUACUCUAAUGAGGUGAUAUGUAAAUUAUAGUAUAUGUACUAAUUACAUACCCUAAAUUUUAUAUUCAGCGUGUAUUUUCAGCGAUGAGACACAAAGUGUCGUUAAAUAAGUGCCUAUUUAAUUGUUCGUUACUUAAUUGUAUCUUGCGAAGAUAAUAAUGUUAAGGAACGAAUGUUCGAAAUAUUUUAUCGAUUAUAUAUUUUCAUAUGCGUAUUUGAGCUUAUUGUAUUUACAUUACGGCAACCAACUAUUUAUUUCACCGUCACGUUUAUUAUAAAAAACAGCGAUUAUACUUCAGAUGUAAUUAGUUUUACAUGUGCUUUAGCGAUAAAUCGAUUCUGUGGUGACAGGGCUCCAUUUUGUUUUUGUUUGGAAAUAGGGAAAAACGGUCUAAUUGUAAUAAAUAUUUAGUUGGUUGCCCUUAAACCGUGCCUUGUACCAGUGAACCUAGUCUUCGGCUGCCAACGACACAAACAAGCAGUCAGUCACGCAAGCAUUUAUUUUUGUCGAUUUGUGAUAUCUUAAAUAUGGCACAAAUCAAAGUAGUUAUAUCGCUCCCAGAUUUAUAUAGAUAGGCAUAGAGAUUAUAGAAGAAAUGUCAAAUGUCACUUUGUGACAAAUCACUUAAGUAUCAGUCAAUUAUCACGGAU